GCGUUGCCACCACAGCAAGCGACGAACUGCCAACUUAACGCAACUGCCUCAUUCCUUUUCACAUUCUUCGCCGAGAAGUAAAAUUCUUAAUUUGUGAAUAAAAACGUGUUUCAACCAAACACCAGCCGAAUUCAGUAACAGACAGCGCAACAGCAAAUAGCAAACUCUUAGCGAAGUAAAAUGCCUAAGAAUAAAGGAAAAGGUGGCAAAAAUCGUCGUCGUGGAAAGAAUGAAAAUGAAUUCGAGAAGCGCGAGCUAAUCUUCAAAGAGGAUCAACAGGAGUAUGCGCAAGUGACCAAAAUGCUGGGCAAUGGUCGUUUGGAGGCAAUGUGCUUUGAUGGCGUCAAACGUCUGUGUCACAUUCGGGGGAAACUUCGUAAGAAGGUAUGGAUAAAUCAGGGUGAUAUCAUAUUGGUCGGCUUACGCGACUACCAGGACUCCAAAGCUGAUGUCAUUUUGAAGUAUACACCAGAUGAGGCCCGAAAUUUGAAGACAUACGGCGAAUUUCCAGAAUCGGUGCGCAUCAACGAGACAGUCACAUUCGUCGAGGACGGCUUCGAUGAGGACAUUGAGUUCGGCGAUGAGAUUAGUUCAGAGGAUGAUGCUGAUUCUGUCGAUAAUAUCUGAUUAACAAGAAAUAAGCCAGCAGCGGCGGUGACGGCAGCGACGGCAGGAUUUUCAGUUGCAAUCAUGGCAACAACAACAAUAACAUCAGCAGCAGCCGAGUCAGUUCAAGAGAGUAGGGAAUUAAAUAAAUUGUAAAAAGCGACCACAACUAAGACGUACAUACAACUCUCCCCCGUAGCCCUCAUAAACACCAACACAUAUAAAUAUAUAAAAGCGGCGGUGCGACACAGCAACAACUACAACAAUUUAGAAAUCAAAACUAUAUAUAUUACUUUCCUGAUUUAAACUUAACCACUCAAAAUUUAAAUGUUCAAUUUAGCCGCAUAAAUGAAAUAAGUAACAAAUGUAAACCAAUAGUAGAACUGUUAUACAAAAUAAUGCAAAAAAAAAUUAAGAGAAAAAAUUAAAAUUAUUAUUUGAAUUAAAAAAAAGCUAAAAAAAACAAA